CCCGGACAUGCCCGGGCUUCCCGCGCUGCUCCGUUGCUCUGCGUCCCUGCGUUCGCAGCUGCUCGCGGUCGGCGCCUUGGGCAACGCGAGGCAGACAUGCAGCGUCAUGGUUCUGAAUCUCAGAGGCUGAGGGGAGGCUUUUCACUGAGAAUGUGAAUGCCCAGCUGCCGGCCUUCCCUGGCCAGCACAGCACGCCGUCAGCAGUGAGGGCACCGUGAAGGCCCUGCAGGUACCUGGGAGAAUGGACAAAGUCUGUGACAUGAAAUACAAAAUGAUGGACAGCCCUUUGGGGAAGAUCGAGCUCUCUGGUUGUGAGCAGGGCCUGCACGGGAUAAAGCUGCACGGCAGGAAGGGCGCCGACACUGAGGGUGAAGAGGGAGAAGCAGACCGUUGCUUCCUGACUGUGAUACAGAGUGUGCCAGUCUCCGGCCCCGUGGAGGCCCCUGCUCCUCCUGAGCUGCUCGGCGGUCCGGAGGACGUGGCGGAGCCCCUGAUGCAGUGCGCGGCCUGGCUGGAUGCCUACUUCCACAAGCCUGCGCUCCUCACAGAGCUCCCCUUGCCUGCUCUUCACCAUCCCGUUUUCCAGCAAGAUUCAUUCACCAGACAGGUGUUAUGGAAGCUGCUGAAGGUUGUGAAAUUCGGAGAAAUGAUUUCUUACCAGCAAUUAGCAGCCCUGGCAGGCAACCCCAAAGCAGCACGGGCAGUGGGAGGAGCGAUGAGAAACAAUCCUUUGUUCUCAAGUCCUUCGGUUUUGAAGCAAGCUAAGUCAUGCCUCCACCAUGGGCUGCGUAGACGGCUGGUUUGGGGGCAGAGCCCUGAGCUGCCUCGCUCCAUCCAGGUUUUCAAGUGCCAUGAAUGUUGCAUGCCCACAACGGGCUUCAAGAAGUGUAGCGUGCUCUCCUCUGGCGUCUCAGCCCCUUCCCCAUCAGAAGCAAGUGUCAAACCCACCUCCUUCGCCGUGUCCUGUGGCUGUAUUGAGUGGUUGAAGGACAGCAAGUGUCUGGCUUGUUUACGCCCAAAGAAGCUGGCUGGAAUUGUACCAAGGCGAAAUGUCCUGCCGUCGGCCAGGGAUGAACGGGCUUCUGAAGCAAGUCUUGCAUGAGGAGUUGUGGAGCUCAGACGGGCCGUUACUGUGCAGUUCUACAUCCAGAGGGUGCAAGCAGGGCUACGUCUGAGCAAGUGAGUGGGCUCCCCUUGUAGUUAACUUAAUUGGGAUUUUUAAUUCGUGUCCGCUUCUUACCCAGCAGAAAUAGUUACUAACAUCCCUCGUGUGGCUCAGUCAUCAGCUAGAGCUUGAAAUCAUCAUUUCUAACUCGAGUCUCUUUAGGUUCACCUGCCUCUCUUGCACGGUUUGCACUCCCUACGUACUGUUUGGUUCCAGAAUCCACUCUCUCUGAGCGGCCAAGCCUGGCCAGUGUAGGUAUGUUAGUGUUGAAACCAUGGUUUUUCGUUUCUGAACACUUUUGUGAACAACAGUGUUAUCCCAGAACUUAUUUCCUUUAAAACUGCAAUAUAAGAAUAAAAAGUGUACAAGGAGGUUGCUUAAAAACGUAAGUGGGGCGCAAUCCAGCAGGAUUCCUGUGGGGUUUCUGUCCUGUCUCCAGAGGAACCACACAGUACAGUUCCUGCAGAAAUGUGGCACUCCUUGCAGAAACGCAUCCACAGCCGUCAUUGUCGUCCCUGCCAUGGCCCUCCCAGGGCAGGGCAUGUGGCUCUGUGGGCCAUGUCUCCUCCUGCCACCUCGGCACCCGCACACCCAACCCGGCUGUUGGCAUGCUCAUGUCUAUGACCACAGCAGUGCCAGCUCAGACCUCCGCUGCCGUUGGAACAAGCUGGAUGUCACAGCUGAAUCAAUGUGGAAGUUGUUCAUUUCACUUCAGAGCUGGCCAAAGAUCUUAGUGCUGUUUCGGUUUCAAGAUACAUAGAGGAGCAGCUCUCUGAAGUGAUAGAUAAAUUGGCUUAAAUGUGGGAUACACGAAAAAAAAGCGUUUGUUUUAUUUUGCUCUAAAGGUUUUCCCAGAAGACCAAUCAGGAAGCUGAACCUUCCCACGGUCUCUGAGCACUGUGAUGUACGUGGGCCUGCGUGGGCCUCGUCUGCACACGUGGUCUUGCUGCUGUCCUGGCAGUGGGGUGAUGGAGGGGGCAAGUGGGCCCUCGGUGGGGAUGUAACUGCGUUUGGCCUUCCUCAGCACAUACGAGGUUUUUUCUUUCUUGUUCAUGGGCAUUUGAUUGAAAGUUUGUGUUCAGGAAGCUGAAGUUCACAUCAGUUUUACCUGUUAUCAGUUUGAAAGAGUUGAGAUUUAAAGAGAGCUCUGCCAAGCAGCCCCCGUCUGUGUGUGUGUCUGUCUGAAGGAAUGGGUGGCAGUUGAAAGCCAGGCCCGGAGCUAGAGAAACUGCAGGUACCUUCGCGUCUCUAAGUGGCUGAGGGCAGCUGUCCAGAGUCCUCGGACCCCGUGGCUCCAGCUGCCGACAGACGGAGAGGGUCUGGCCUCCAUCACCCAGGUCCACUCCGAUAGGAUCUGUACUGGGGGUGGGGGAUGACAACGUAGGACGGAGACACUGGGCAGCAAGGUGCAAAUUGAGGUGGAGCCUGGCCUGCCGGCGCCCUGAUUGAUGGAAAGAUGUUGUUAGCAAGCCUUUAAAGUUUCUCAUUAAUGUCUUUUUUUUUUUUCAUUGAUAAAGCUGCAAGAAAAAAUUC